CUUCGGGCAUCGGGACCCUCCUAGUCUCGGUCGCGGGGCCUCGGCGCCCGCAGCCAGUUCUCCUCGCGCCUCGCCGGGGGCGCGUGGGCAGGAAGAGGCGCGCGGGGGCGGGCACUGGCCAUUAAGCUCCGGCCCCCGGGUAAAGACGGGAGAGGCGAGGGCAGGGCGGCCAGCGGGUCACGGGAAGCCGGCGAUGGCAGCAGGCAGUGUCCGCGGGCGGCGAGGCGGCGGCGGAGGCGGCGGGCGGCGCGAGGAGCCCCAGUGAUUGGCACAGCCCGAGCCGGAGGAGGAGGCGAGGGGAGGGCGGAGGAGGAGGAGGAAGGGGCGAGCGCGGCGGAGGCGGCGGCGGCGGCGGCGGCGGCGAGGAGCUGUGCUUCCACCUCUCCAGCCCCGGCAGGACGGGGGCGGCCGCCGCGGGCCUGAGGUGGGGACGGCACACAGCUUCGCCGCGCGCACCCCCGCCCAACAGCGAUCCGGACUACCCGAGGCGAGCGGGAAAGCGGCAGCGGCAGCGGUGGGAGAAGGAUGCAGGGGAAGAAGCCGGGCGGCUCGUCGGGCGGCGGCCGGAGCGGCGAGCUGCAGGGGGACGAGGCUGAGAGGAACAAGAAGAAGAAAAAGAAGGUGUCCUGCUUCUCCAACAUCAAAAUAUUCUUGGUGUCCGAGUGCGCACUGAUGCUGGCGCAGGGCACGGUGGGCGCCUACCUGGUGAGUGUGCUGACCACCCUGGAGCGGAGGUUCAACCUGCAGAGCACCGAUGUGGGCGUGAUUGCCAGCAGCUUCGAGAUCGGGAACCUGGCGCUCAUCCUCUUCGUGAGCUACUUCGGGGCCCGUGGGCACCGGCCGCGCCUCAUUGGCUGUGGGGGCAUCGUCAUGGCGCUGGGAGCACUGCUGUCCGCCUUGCCCGAGUUCCUGACCCACCAGUACAAGUACGAGGCUGGCGAGAUCCGCUGGGCCGCCGAGGGCCGUGAUGUCUGUGCCGCCAAUGGCUCGGGUGGCGACCAGGGUCCUGACCCUGACCUCAUCUGCCGCAGCCGGACUGCCACCAACAUGAUGUACCUGCUGCUGAUUGGGGCCCAGGUGCUCCUGGGCAUCGGUGCUACCCCUGUGCAGCCCCUGGGCGUCUCCUAUAUCGACGACCACGUGCGGAGGAAGGACUCCUCGCUCUAUAUAGGAAUCCUGUUCACAAUGCUGGUGUUCGGACCAGCCUGUGGAUUUAUCCUGGGCUCUUUCUGUACCAAAAUCUAUGUGGAUGCUGUCUUCAUUGAUACAAGUAACCUGGACAUCACUCCGGACGACCCCCGCUGGAUCGGAGCCUGGUGGGGCGGCUUUCUGCUCUGCGGUGCCUUACUCUUCUUCUCUUCCCUCCUGAUGUUCGGGUUCCCACAGUCUCUGCCCCUGCACUCAGACCCCGCCCUGGAGAGCGAGCAGGCCAUGCUCCCCGAGAGGGAGUACGAGAGACCCAAGCCCAGCAACGGGGUCCUGCGGCACCCCCUGGAGCCGGACAGCAGCGCCUCCUGCUGCCAGCAGCUGAGAGUCAUCCCCAAGGUCACCAAGCACCUGCUCUCCAACCCGGUGUUCACCUGCAUCAUCCUGGCCGCCUGCAUGGAGAUCGCCGUGGUGGCUGGCUUCGCUGCCUUCUUGGGGAAGUACCUGGAGCAGCAGUUCAACCUCACCACCUCUUCUGCCAACCAGCUGCUCGGGAUGACCGCCAUUCCCUGUGCCUGUCUGGGCAUCUUCCUGGGCGGCCUCCUGGUGAAGAAGCUCAGCCUGUCCGCCCUGGGCGCCAUCCGGAUGGCCAUGCUCGUCAACCUGGUGUCCACAGCUUGCUACGUCUCCUUCCUCUUCCUGGGCUGUGACACGGGCCCCGUGGCCGGGGUCACUGUUCCCUAUGGAAACAUCUCCGCGCUUGGCUCGGCCCUGGACCCCUACUCACCCUGCAAUAAAAACUGUGAAUGCCAGACGGAUUCCUUCACUCCCGUGUGCGGGGCGGAUGGCGUCACCUACCUGUCCGCCUGCUUUGCGGGCUGCAACAGCACGAAUCACACCGGCUGUGCGUGCCUCAGCGCCGGCCCGCCCGAGAAUGCCACCGUGGUUUCCGGAAAGUGCCCCAGCCCCGGGUGCCAAGAGGCCUUCCUCAUCUUCCUGUGCGUGAUGUGUGUCUGCAGCAUGAUCGGGGCGAUGGCGCAGACGCCCUCGGUCAUCAUCCUCAUCAGGACAGUGAGCCCCGAGCUGAAGUCCUACGCCCUGGGAGUGCUGUUUCUGCUCCUCCGUUUGUUAGGCUUCAUCCCCCCUCCCCUCAUCUUCGGGGCCGGCAUCGACUCCACCUGCCUGUUCUGGAGCACCUUCUGCGGGGAGCGGGGCGCCUGCGCCCUCUACGACAACGUGGCCUACCGCCACCUGUACGUCAGCAUCGCCAUCACGCUCAAGGCCUUCGCCUUCGUGCUCUACACCACCACGUGGCAGUGCCUGCGGAAAAACUAUACACGCUACAUCAAAACCCACGAGGGCGGGCUGAGCACCAGUGAGUUCUUUGCCUCUACUCUGACCCUAGACAAUCCGGGGAGGGACCCUGUGCCCGCAAACCAGACGCAUAGGACAAAGUUUAUCUAUAACCUGGAAGACCAUGAGUGGUGUGAGAACAUGGAGUCCGUUUUAUAGGGACUCGCGGAGGGCUGGACUCCGUGCAGUGAUCAAAGGGUCAUUUUUCCUACGAAAACACAAAAGGGUUCCAAAAAACAGCUCAGCACACACACACACACACGCACGCACGCCGCCACCACCACCACCACCUUGUCUCCGGAUCAGAGUCAGGCGGGACUCACAGGGGCGCGUGGGACCGCGUCUCUGACGCCAGCGCACGGUGUUCCGGGACGCGGGCAGCCGCGAGCGACAGGCACUGCCAAAUUCAGGGCACAGUGGCGGCCAGCUCGAAGGACAGACAUUCCUGCACACACACACACAGCAAAACAAGACAUAUUUUUAAAGAAAGUCUACUAAAAAACACGUUGCAACAUUGCCAGGAUGAGCACUAGUGACGCACCCUGGACGGCCCCUCCCGUGGGGUGGGCGGCGCCCGGUCGGAGGGGUGCAGCCCGCUCCUCGGGGGCCUCCGCAAUCCGGGCCACCCGGCCGCGGGCGGGUCAGGGCCCAGACUUCUCAGCGAUGCCAGCGGUGAUCCGCGCUGCGGGCGGUAACAGCCGACUCUCACCAGCUCCAUUUCCGUGUUCGAGACUGAGGGGAGCAGGGCGUGGGGGGCCAGCACCUCGCCUUCCCCCGAAGCAGCUCCCCGGGUGGGCGCCCCGCCCCCAGCCCCGCAGAGGGACCUCAGGAAGCAGCGGGCCUCACCUGGCUAUGACGGACUUCACUCAGAGCCGGUGACACCCAGCACAGUCCCAAGUCAUGUGCUUACAUUUGCCAUACAUUUUGCCAUUUUUUAAAAAACAAUUCCGUGCAUAUGAAUUUCCACCUGUUCCAUGUAUAACCCUCUCGUGCUAUUUUUAACGACUUCUGAAAUCUGUUACCCUUCCAGUCACUCACACUUCUCUAGGCCGAGUUUACUAUGCUGGUUGCUUUUACUUUUUUCCUUUUUUAAUGCACCAAAAUAUAAUGUGAUUCAAGGGAUGAAA